UUGAAGUGAAACGAAUCUCCAGCAGAGCGGUAACUCAGGAACGAGACUUUAAGAAGCGGAGGGUUUUCAAACAACCAGGGUCCUGCACAUGUUGUUCCAUGGGUCAGCCCUCAUGGGAGCAGAUGAAGAGGACUCUGUGCAGCUGAAGAUAUUGAUGAGGCCAUCAGUUCUUCGCAAAAAACAUGGAGAAAAUGUCACGGGUAACCACAGCCCUCGGCAGCAACGCUAUCAGUGGCCGGACUAUGUUCUGCCACCUGGACGCUCCAGCCAAUGCCAUCAGCGUGUGCCGAGAUGCCAUGCAGGUGGUUGUUGCUGGACGCAACAUCUUCAAGAUCUAUGCACUUGAGGAGGAUCAGUUUGUGGAGAAGCUGAACCUACGCGUCGGACGCAAACCGUCUCUGAACUUUAGUUGUGCCGAUGUCAUGUGGCACCAGAUGGAGGAGAACCUGCUGGCCACAGCUGCCACUAAUGGAGCGGUAGUCACAUGGAAUCUGGGAAAGCCUUCACGCAACAAGCAGGACCAGCUGUACACCGAGCACAAGCGCACCGUCAACAAGGUGUGCUUUCACCCUACAGAGGUGUACAUGCUGCUUAGUGGCUCACAGGAUGGCUUCAUGAAGUGCUUCGACCUGCGCAAGAAGGAAUCUGUCAGCACUUUCUCAGGUCAGUCAGAGAGUGUGAGAGAUGUCCAGUUCAGCGUGAAGGAUUAUUUCACGUUUGCUGCCUCCUUUGAAAAUGGAAACGUUCAGCUGUGGGACAUCAGACGUCCAGAUCGGUUUGAGAGAAUGUUCACUGCCCAUACUGGUCCUGUUUUCUGCUGUGACUGGCACCCUGAUGACCGAGGUUGGCUGGCCACAGGAGGCAGAGAUAAGAUGGUGAAGGUUUGGGACAUGACCACAAACAGAGCCAAGGAGAUAUAUUGUGUCCAGACGAUUGCGUCCGUGGCUCGGGUUAAGUGGCGCCCAGAGAGGAAGUUUCAUUUGGCUACCUGCUCGAUGAUGGUGGAUCACAACAUCUACGUGUGGGAUAUUCGCCGACCUUUCAUUCCCUUUGCCACAUUCGAGGAACACAAAGACGUGACCACUGGUAUCGUGUGGCGCCACCAGCACGACCCUCAUUUUCUUCUCUCUGGUUCUAAAGACAGUACUCUCUACCAGCACAUGUUUAAAGACGCCACCCGUCCCGUGGACAAGGCCAACCCCGAGGGUCUGUGCUUUGGACUGAUGGGGGACCUGGCCUUUGCGGUCAAUGACAGUCUGAUCAGUAGUGACACCACCAGGAAGCCCUACCCUGGAGGUGACCGCCGCUACCCCUUUUUUUCCUUUAAGAAGGCCAACCCAACAGAACAGUUUGCCCACGUGUCCAGCGCUCUUAGUGUCUUUGAAACAAUCUUGGACAGUCACCGUAUGGACUGGUUUGUCAAGACAGCACAGCUCUACCUCCUCAGCGGAAAGCCGUUUGCUGAGCUGUGUGAUCACAAUGCUAAGGUGGCCCAGGAGCUUAAAAGACCCCAGGUUUCUACUACAUGGACCAUGCUGAGAAUCAUGUUCUCUGACCCAGCGAACCUGGCUGCGCCCACUCCAAACCACAACCUCAGUAAACUGGGCUCCUUGCCCUUAAUGAACAGUUUCAGUAUGAAGGAAAUGGCUUCUGGGAUGGGCGCGGAGAGCAGACUGGAGCGCAGUAAAGGUGAAAGCAGGCAGGAUAACAUCCACCUGGAGCCUGGGAACUCACUUAUCAGCAAUAAUAACGAUGAAAACGAGGAGACGGAGGGCAGUGAGGGCCCAGCAGAGUACAUGUUUGGUGAUGCAGAGUUAGAUGAUGAUGAACUUUAUUCCAUGGACCAUGACAACCAAGCAGCGGAAGAGCCGGAGUACACUCUGCCCCAGGAGGCCUUCCAGCUGCGUCAUGAGAUAAUGGACAACCCAUCAGCUCCGGAGCCUCUUCAGCAGGACAAGGCCGACUCUCCACACGUCAGCGGCAAUGAGGCAGAGGUCACCUGUCUGACGCCCAUCGAGUCGUUCUCUCUUAUCUCCAUUUCCCAGCCACUGUUCAGCCCACAUCUGUCCGCCAGCUUCUUCAGCCCCAUAGUGCGAGAGAUGCUGAGCUACUACGCUGAGCAGGGCGACGUGCAGAUGGCCGUGUCUGUUCUCAUCGUGUUGGGGGAAAAGAUCCGUAAGGAGAUUGAUGAGCUCACCCAGGAACACUGGUACAUGUCCUACAUAGACCUGCUGCAACGCUUCGAGCUGUGGAAUGUGUCUAAUGAGGUAAUCAAACUGAGUACGUGCAACGCCAUCACCUGCCUGAACCAGACGUCGACCACUCUGCAUAUCAACUGCAGCAACUGCAAGCGACCAAUGAGCAACAAGGGAUGGAUCUGUGACAGGUGCCGCCAGUGUGCCAGUGUUUGUGCCGUGUGCCACCAUGUGGUGAAGGGCCUGUUCGUGUGGUGUCAGGGCUGCAGCCACGGAGGACAUUUGGAGCACAUAAUGAACUGGCUCAAGAGCAGCGCUUACUGCCCCGCUGGCUGCGGUCACCUGUGCGAGUACACGUGAGCGAAGCACACAGCUCGUCCAACGCGGGAGAGCAGAGCUCAAGUGCCUCCGAGCACAUCCACAGGGUCCUCAGAGAAGGGACGUCUCUCUACAUGGAUCUGGGCCAUGAAGUUGAAAAAUCAACAUUUUGAAGUGAGAUCCGAUCAGAGAUCUGCGUGGAAAAGCGUUUAGAGGCUCAUGUGUGUUUGAUCUCUUACUUCACGUAGAUGACGUUAAAAAUAUGAUUUUAAAUGUGUCAUUUCUAUUUUAACAUUUGGCGGUUUUAAAUCCUCUCCUAAAACCCUGAAAGCUGCAGACAAGUGAUCAUUGGUACAGUUUAAGUGACUUAGACAUUUGUACAUAAGUUAUAAUAAGGUACUGUAGAUAGAGAUGGAUUAAUUUAUAACAGAAGUAUACGUGUCAGUUCAAGCAAUACGUUGUAUGAAAACACUUGACUUUUGACUGUUCUGCUCCAGAAAUCCUGUCUUUUUUCCUGAUGAGUAUAAAUGUGCUGGGCGAUGGAGGCAGAAACCCAGCAGGCUUGAGGCCAGCGUGUUUGAACCAGCCAACAUCCCAACUGUUCCAAGGUUGCUACUGUCCACUGUCCACACAUUGCUUUACUGCCAAACCUUCCCAGGCACAGGAAUAGCUUCAGUUGUGCUCAGUAUGAGGACAUCCUGACAAUCUGAAGAGGAUCGCUCGACCUGCACACUCAGUCUGCAACAUUUACUACAUCAAUAGUCUGAUCAGAACCGUUGAGCAGCAGGAGACAUCUAAUUCAGCUUAAUAUCCCACUACAAAGGCUAAAUGUGAGACUCUUAAAAAUGACAACUUUCAUUCGGAUUCUUCUCGUGACAUUUCGCCAAUAAAGAACAGCUAUGCAUACGCCUCCCA